GGCGCUUUCUGAAGCGGCGGUAGGAGAGCCUGGCUGAAGGUGAAGAAGGCGCAGGAGCUUGAGGGUUGGAAGCGUGAGAAUGCGCACGAUUGGAGUUUGCACCGCUUCACUUGGCUCAUUUGGCCUCAUGCGGUUUUUGGGUUUGUCCUGGCCCUGGAGUAUUGCAGCUGCUCUGGGCAUUUAUAUUGGCAGUGGUGGCUGGACUUUUCUCCGGAUCAUCUUUAAGACAGCCUUGCGAGAUCUCCUGGGUCUGUCAGUGCUUAUACAAGUCAAAUAUAAUUUGUACUAUCACCGGAAAGCGAAGAGCAAUGUCCCGAAGAUAUUCUCUGAUGUGGUCCGCCGACAUCCGGACAAAGUGGCCUUGAUCUACGAAGCUACUGAUGAAAAAUGGACGUUUCGGCGUCUGGAUGAAUACUCCAACGCUGUGGCUAACUUCUUCUAUGAGCAGGGCUUUCGCAUUGGUGAUGUGAUUGCUAUCUUUAUGGACAGUCGGCCUGAGUUUGUGGGCUUCUGGCUAGGGAUGGCCAAAGUGGGCAUUGAGGCAGCCCUCAUCAACUUCAACUUGCGUCUUGAUUCACUGACUUACUGUGUGAAAACCUCAGGGGCAAAAGCCAUAAUCUUUGGUGGAGAGCUUUCAGCAGCAAUAUCUGAAGUGAAUGGUGUCCUGGGGAAAAAUAUGGUCAAAUUCUGUUCUGGAGACUUCAGACUUGAAUCCAUUCCUCCAGAUUCCAAACACUUGGACGUUCUUCUGGCUAAGGCAUCGAAGUCUCCUCCAGCUCAGGUUCCAGCCAAGGGAUUAGAUGAUCGGCUGUUCUACAUCUACACCUCUGGCACAACUGGAAUGCCAAAGGCUGCUAUUGUGGUGCACAGUAGAUACUACCGAAUAGCAGCUUUUGGUUAUUAUGCCUACAGAAUGACCCCCCAUGACAUAAUCUAUAACUGCCUACCACUGUACCAUUCAGCAGGGAAUAUCAUGGGUGCUGGCCAGUGUGUGAUCCAUGGCCUGACUGUAGUGAUAAGGAAGAAGUUUUCUGCUAGUCGCUUCUGGGAUGACUGUGUGAAAUACAAGUGCACAAUUAUCCAGUAUAUUGGGGAGAUAUGCAGGUAUUUGCUGAACCAACCAGUGCGGGAGGCGGAAGCGCUACACCAAGUGCGUCUAGCAAUAGGAAAUGGCUUGAGACCCACCAUAUGGGAAGACUUCACCCAACGCUUCCGUAUUAAACAGAUUGGGGAAUUUUAUGGAGCUACAGAGUGUAACUGUAGCAUCGCUAAUCUGGAUGGAAAGGUUGGCGCCUGUGGCUUCAACAGCCGGAUUUUGCCAAACGUGUAUCCUAUCCGCUUGGUGAAAGUUAACGAGGAUACCAUGGAAUUGAUCCGGAAUGCAAAUGGGCUCUGUAUCUCUUGCCGUCCAGGAGAGCCAGGGCUGCUUGUGGGCCGAAUAAACCAGGAGGAUCCCUUGCGUAGGUUUGAUGGCUAUGUCAACGAGAAUGCGACCAACAAAAAGAUAGCCUACAAUGUUUUCCACAAAGGAGACCAGGCUUACCUUUCAGGAGAUGUGUUAGUUAUGGAUGAGCUUGGCUACAUGUACUUUAGAGACCGGAGUGGGGACACAUUCCGUUGGCGUGGGGAAAAUGUCUCCACCACAGAGAUUGAGGGAAUCCUGAGCCACAUCCUCAGCAAGACAGAUGUUGCUGUGUACGGAGUGGAGGUACCAGGAGUGGAAGGCAAGGCUGGAAUGGCAGCUAUUGCUGACCCAGAAGCCAAAUUGAACCCUCACGUGCUAUACCAGGAGAUGCAAAAAGCACUACCCCCUUAUGCACGGCCCAUCUUCCUCCGACUUUUGCCACAGGUCGACACGACAGGCACUUUUAAAAUUCAAAAGACCCGUUUGCAAAGGGAGGGCUACAACCCACAUCAGACAUCUGAUCGGUUAUAUUUCUUGGAUGUAAAACUUGGCAAGUACCUACCAGUGGACGAAUGUGUGUUUGAGAGGAUCCAGGCUGGAAAGGUUUCUCUGUGAUUUCAUCAGUGAAGGCCGUUGGUGAAGUUUGGAAUUGGAAGGCCUUGCUUGGAUAGAGAAACAGACUUGGCCAAAUUAAGUGAAGCAAGGUUUUCAUUCACAACAUCUACAAUGGGGACAAAACGCACUAUGGUGUGAGAAUGGGGUGGUCCUCACCUUUUUAAAAAAGCACAUUUAACCAUUUUCUGGGCAAAGAGAAUGACCCUUUUCUAUUGUUCAGUAUUUAGAAUGGUUCCCCCCCCCCUCUUUUUUUGUAACCAUUGCAUUGGGGGACUCCAUGUGAAACAGGAAGGGUUUAUGGCCUGCGUAUUACCUUUGAAAGCCUUCAAUAUGAUGGGUGUGACUGAGUCUGCAAUAGCACUGAUCAAAUUGCAUUCUGCUAUGUGUUUUGGCUAAAUUUCACUGCUUUGAGGCAAUAGCAUAAAACCUCUAAUUGUUUUGGGAUUCCCAGGUUCCUAAUACACACAUUUAGAGUCCUUCAGUUGUCAUCUACGCACGUGUUUAUGUGGAGCAUUAAGGGACAGACUGAGUGUCAUCUACAAAGACUU